AAGCACAUUCCCAGAAAAACUCACGGAAAAUCUCCUUCUUCGCUUGCAUCAGUACUCAUGUCCGCUCUUCUUCUCUUUUACCUUCUUUCCCUUGUUUUUUCCUUCACUCCGUCGUCUUCCACUCGAAACCCGAAUUUCCCUGUUUCCUCCGAAAUCCGCCUUGCAUGCAAAUCCACGCGCUACCCACGGCCUUGUAGGGCCUCCCUUUCAAAAUCCUCCCUCCCUCCUAAUCCAACUUCCCUCGAUUUCGUCCGAUCAGCCCUUACCGUCACUUACGACAAGCUCAAAACCGGACAAUCCAUGUUGAAAACCGUCCUCACCGCCUCCAGAGGCGACCUGAACCGCACCACCGCCGCGACCAACUGUAUCAACAUCCUUUAUUACUCGGAUUAUCGCAUCAGAUCAACCAAUGACUCUCUGAGUCGUGGAAAGAUCAAGGACUGUCGUGCAUGGAUGAGCGCCUCCCUUGGCUACCAUUUCGGCUGUUGGAGCGCGCUCAAGUACGUCAACACCACCAAACUUAUCGGCAAAACCAUGUCGUUUUUGGACGCUUUGACUAAACACACCAGCAACGCGUUGAGCAUGAUGGUGGCUUACGAUAAUUUCGGGAAGGACAUGGCGGCGUGGGUCCCUCCCAAGACGGAGCGGGACGGGUUUUACGAGAAGGUGACGGGUGGGACGGAGCUGCGGUCUAAAGGGGGCGUUCCGUCGAACUUGAAGGUGGAUGUAACGGUGAGUAAAGACGGAAGAGGAGGGAAUUAUAAGUUUGUGCAAGAGGCGGUGAACGCCGCACCGGACAAUCCGGAGAGUACACGGCGAUUCGUGAUAUAUAUAAAGGAAGGUGUGUACGAAGAAACAGUGAGGGUGCCGUUUGAGAAGAGAAAUGUGGUGUUUUUGGGCGAUGGAAUCGGUAAAACCAUUAUUACAGGUUCUUUAAACGUGAAGAUGCAUGGAAUCUCCACUUAUAACACUGCUACGGUCGGAGUUCUCAGUGAUGGAUUCAUGGCAAAAGGACUCACAAUCAGGAACACAGCAGGCCCUGAUGUGCACCAAGCAGUGGCCUUCCGAUCAGACAGUGAUCUCUCCGUAGUUGAAAACUGUGAGUUCCUUGGCAACCAAGAUACCCUCUAUGCUCAUACGCUCCGCCAGUUCUACAAGAAGUGCCGUAUUCAGGGGAACGUCGAUUUCGUGUUUGGAAACUCGGCCUCGAUGUUCCAGGAUUGCGAAAUCUUGGUCGCUCCCCUUCAGUUAAACCCCGACCAAGGAUCGAACAAUGCGAUCGCAGCUCUCGGUCGAACAGAUCCUGCUCAAUCAACCGGUCUGGUCUUCCAGAACUGCUUGAUCAAUGGAACCGAUGAAUACAUGAGAUACUACCGUAGCAAUCCCAAAGUGCACAGGAACUAUCUGGGAAGGCCGUGGAAGGAGUUUUCGAGGAUUGUUUUUAUGAACUGUGUUAUGGAAGAUCUUAUUCAUCCCGAUGGAUGGAUGCCGUGGGAUGGUGACUUUGCUUUGAAGACACUCUUCUUCGGUGAAUUCGGGAAUACCGGUCCGGGAUCGGAUCGGUCGAAAAGAGUUGCGUGGAGUUCUGAAAUUCCAGCCCAACAUAUACAUACGUAUUCAGUCCAAAAUUUCAUUCAAGGAGAUCAAUGGAUUCCAUCAUCGUCUUGAUUCUUUCUUCCUUUAUCGAGUAUUAAUUGUAUUAAUGUUUUUCGCUUAUGUUAAUUUGCCCU